GGGACUAGUCGCAUGAAACUGGUCGCUGUGACUAGUCGCAGGGACUAGUCCCCUCGUGUGUGCCGACCUUAAAGACUGCAAUGGACUGACUAUGAAGCGGUAAAGGUUGGUAGGCUAUGCACUUGAAGGUGUUAGAAAAUAAAUAUCUUUUCGAAAGAAUGUGGGAAGCUAAAAAAUAAAGUAUUACACCAAUCUGUUUCAGAAUACCGUAUGUGUGCUUGAAAGUUUAUGUUACCAAAAAUAGGAUUUACGUGACAACCGGAAGUUAUGACAACUGCCACGUUGAUAAUAUUUGCGUUGCUCUAUGAGCAUCUGAACCGAGCGUAACAAUAAAACUCAACAGUUCUUGCGUUAAGCGCCAGUAAUAGGAGUAUAUCCAACGUCUUAACUGACAAAAACAUCCAUUGCUGAAAAUUUUGUCCGGGAAAACAACGAAAUCAUGCGAAGCGAAGUAAACGAAAAAUCUCAGGAUUUUAUUUCCGGGUUAAGUACAGAUACGGAGAGCUUUCUUGAAGCAGCAACUUUCCCGAUCAAAUUUUUGAUUAAGUUAUACCAAACUUCAGUCGUGGAAAAAGAAACACAAGAAAUAACGGUCCAACCAUCAAGAGCACGAGCUGAUGUCGGGAGAAGAUUGAUCGUCAGGGAACUUUCCACAGCGGAAUUUGGUUUCCAAGAGCUACCGGUAAACUUACAACUCAAAAUAUUCUCAUAUUUGGAUGCAAGAUCACUUUGUACAGCUGCAUCAACAUGCCAUUAUUGGAACAUGCUCAGUGAAGAUAAGGCACUCUGGAUGAACUUGAUGCAGCGUAACAUGCACCAGUGGAGCACUAUGGGAUAUCAGUCAUGUCCAUCAACUUACAUGGAAGCGAGAUCAGAUUUAUCUUUGAAACAAAUAUACUUAAGGUGCUGCCCAGAAUGCAGAUCUUUAAGGAAAACCAGAGAAUCUUUCAAAUCGAUAGUGUUUUACAACCUGCAACACUUGUCCUCCUUUUUCAAGAGAAAAUCACCCCGCUUGGUCAUGUUUGGUCCUGGGUUGGAAUCAGACACCAAAGGACUAGUGCGUCAACUACUAUGGGAUAAAAAGUCACCAUUUGAGGUGACAGGAAUGUUCCCUGGACAAUUUGAAGGAAUUGGUUCUGGAGUACAGUUGAGCUUUGAAAACAUGGAAUUAAACCUUAUCACACUUUAUGCCUCAAACAAAAAAGACAGAGAAUCUAAUGCAAGACUUGGAAGGCCAAGAUCUAGUAAACUGCUAGCAUCUGCUGGAGGUGCAAGUAAUGAGGUACAUGAUGCAGAUGAACUGGAUCAGUCCCAAUCCAAGCCCAUUGAGUUGAGCCAUCCAGUCAAGGAACUUUGUAAAACUGUAGAUGCAUUUAUAUACGUUGUUGAUUCUUCUGCUGACUCUGAAAGGGUGAAUGUAGGAGACACAGAGUUGUCUGCCAUGAUGAACGAGAACUGGACACAAGCUAAGGCUCCCCUUCUAGUACUUUCUUGUGUUGAAAAAGAAACCACACCUUCAGUGUCGUGUGCAACUGUGGUUGAGCUUCUACAGCUUAGACAACUGAACAGACCAUGGCAGGUCAAUUCAGCUUGUGUUGAAAACCUGGAUGGAGUUCUGCCUGGUAUUAAAUGGUUGCUCAACUCUGCAAGUUAAAUGUAUUCAUUCAGUAUCAAAGCCGGCAAGAAACUCUUUGGUGCACAUUUGAAUAGUUGUAAAUCACAUCAUUCACAAGCACGUUAUUUAAUUACUGUGAGCCUAAAAAAAAAAAAAAUGAUUACAGAUGUGCAUGUAGAUUAACAGAAAAACAAUUUAAG